AUGGCGAGGAUAAUUGACGUAUCCGAGCUGGAUUACGCAGCGCACUCCCUUACUCGUGGAGGACUAGUGGCACUUCCCACCGAGACAGUGUACGGCCUGGGUGGCAAUGCGCUCGACGAAAGGGCCGUCCAACAGAUCUUUGAGGUUAAGGGGAGACCCUCCACUGACCCAUUGAUUUGCCAUGUUCCCGAUAUCCAGAGAGCGGUGGGACUGUGGGAUUCUAAUGCUGACCCUGCAGCCCUGGAGGUAGCUAAGUGGAUAGGGGAUGCAAUCUGGCCUGGGCCUUUGACUAUCGUGUUUAGGGCGAAUUCUGUGCUACCUCCCUCGGUAACAGGGAAUUCAGGGUAUGUGGGCGUGCGGAUACCAAAUCACCCCAUCGCGCUCCAGCUUCUGCAACUUGUUAACUUCCCCGUGGCUGCACCAAGCGCCAAUACUUUUGGUCAUGUUAGUCCUACUACAGCGGAGCAUGUCCUUCGCGAUUUGGGGGAAAGGUGUCCUUCGCUACUGGUCAUUGACGGGGGGCACUCUAACAUUGGUAUCGAAUCAACAGUAUUGAAAGUGGCCAGUGCUACAAAGGUUGAAAUUUUACGCCGUGGGAAGGUCUCGCUUGCGGAUUUACAACAAGUAAUAUGGAAAAAGUUUGCGUGCCACAUCACCGUUAGGGACACCCGGUCAUGCCCAGGUACCGUCGAUAUGGCGAUGGACGGACCCGGUCAACUGUUGACCCACUAUUCUCCCAGCGUUUUAUCGGGUAUGUUAACACCUAAGAGUACGAAUUGCGAAGUGCAUCAGAAUGAACUGGACAAGGCUGUUGUAGAACUUCCCUCCACUCCCCCCUUGACAGGGGGAGUUCCGCUAAAUCAAACCGUGAUAAUUGACUUUGGGGGGCUUUUGCAACGUUUUCAGAGGGUUUGCUUGGCAUAUCGUGAUCUCAGCGCUGAGGGUGAGGUACAGCAGGCUUGCUUUGCUGUCUUUGAGGCGUUGCGGUGGAGUGAGACGGUUUCAGGGGCGGGUGUGGUUUUGUUUCCACUAAUAUCGGAGUGGCCGUGCAAAACGGGUGAUGAAGAACUUUUAGCGGCCGUGGAGGAUCGCCUCUUCAGGGCUGCCUCCGGUAAGAUAGCUAACAUUCGCUUCGGAUGA